AGUAAGCUUUGUCUGGGGAACCCGCCUCCCGAGUCCCCCUGCAGCCGGGCCGGGCGGCGAGGUCACAGUGUGUGUGAAGGUUGAGGAUGUCACCCCAGAGGAGAUGGAUGCCCCUGAAGCAUUAUGGGAAUCUCAGAGCACCCAACUGGAGCCGCCACAGCCCCAUCCCACAUGGGGAUCCCCAGAGGAGGCAGCACUGAGGAAGUGUGAGCUGCCAGGUGCCCCUGGAAAGGAGCCUCGAGCUGGAGAAGAAAUGGCAGGUGCUGGAAUCCUGAGCCAGGCUGAAGAGCAGCGUCGCUACGAAGGGCCUGAAACGGUGUGGCCCCCGAAUGUAUCACAGAGUGGCUCAGGAGAGAGCAUUACCCACAGACCUGAGCAGGGAGGAGCCUGCAAGAGGCAGAAGAAGAUCCCAGUGGGGAAGGAGCCAGGCCCCCCAAAGGACCAUGACAGCAGAUUCAGGAAACUAACCCAGCUCUUUGCACAGGGGAGACCUCAAACCACAGGGGAACUUCACCACGAGCAACACCAUAGAUGUCGAGACUGUGGGGAAAGCUUCAGGGAAAAGCAGGAGCUCACGGCUCACAGCAAGGUCCAUGAGAGAGAGAGACGCUAUCCCUGCACUGAAUGUGGGAAGCGAUUCAGCUGUCCAGCACAUCUCAAAACCCACCAGAGAAGCCACACACGCGAGAAGCCCUACUCAUGUGGAGAGUGUGGCAAACUCUUUGGCUAUCUCUACACGCUGACUACCCACCAGAGAACUCACACGGGGGAGGGCUUGUUCCCCUGUGACAAGUGCGGGAAAACCUUCACCAGCCCCUCGGACCUCAACAAGCACCAGCGCUCCCACACGGGUGAGCGGCCCUACCCCUGCGACGAGUGUGGGAAGCGCUUCAACCGGCUCUCCAACCUGAAGAUGCACCACAGGACUCACACGCAGGAGAGGCCCUACCCCUGCGCCGAAUGCGGGAGAUGCUUUGGCCACCUCUCCACGCUCGUGAGGCACCGGAGAGCCCACACAGGGCAGAGACCCUUCCCCUGUGCUGAGUGUAGCAAAACCUUCACCACCAGGACAGGGCUGAGCAAGCACCAGAGAAUCCACACAGGCGAGCGGCCCUACCCCUGUGGGGAGUGUGGAAAACGCUUUGGCUACCUCUGUGCUUUGACCACACACCAGCGGCUGCACAUGGGGGAGAGACCCUUCUCCUGUGCUGAAUGCGGGAAAACCUUCACCAGUCCCGCGGACCUGACCAAGCACCAGCGCUCCCACACCGGCGAGAGGCCCUACCCCUGUGCUGAGUGCGGAAAGCGUUUCAGCCAGCUCUCCAACCUGACGAUGCACCAGAGGACUCACACACAGGAGAAGCCCUAUCCCUGCGCUGAGUGUGGGAAGAGCUUCAAGUACCUGGCUUACCUUACCAUUCAUGAGCGCUCCCACACAGGGGAACGACCAUAUCCCUGUCCUGAAUGUGGAAAGAGUUUCAACAGACUGACUCAUCUCAAAACCCACCAGAGAACCCAUACGGGAGAGAAACCCUAUUUCUGUGCCGAAUGUGGGAAGAACUUCGGCCACCUCUCCACGCUCAUUACACACCAGAGGCUGCACACAGGGGAAAGACCCUACUCCUGUGAUGAGUGCGGGAAAACUUUCACGAACCCCUCAGACCUCAACAAGCACCAGCGCUCCCACACGGGCGAGCGGCCCUACCCCUGUGCUGAGUGUGGGAAGCGUUUCAGCCAGCUCUCCAACCUGACGAUGCACCAGAGGACUCACACACAGGAGAAGCCCUACCCCUGUGCCGAAUGUGGGAAGAGCUUCAAGUAUCUGGCUUACCUCGCCAUUCAUGAGCGCUCCCACACAGGGGAACGGCCCUUCCCCUGCACCGAGUGCGGGAAGAGCUUCAGUAACAAAUCCUCUUUGGCCCGCCACCUGAGAAUCCACUCCAGAGCCGCAGCCAUGGACAAGUCCUGUUUCAGCCGCGGUCACACGAGCCCCCCAGCCGGGCGGGGAUUGCAAAGCCCAUCGGUGAGCAGCCGGCCGAGCCCGGCGCUGGCAGCACCAGGCGCCGAGGGCCGGACCCCGGCCAAGAACCGCCCAGUUCCCCAGGGCCGAGCGGCGCAGCCGGGCUCCGCCCUCCCUGCUCGCAGCUCGGCUCAGACGCCAGCUCCGGCCGUGGGGCCGCCGGGAAGGCUGGGAAAAGGCCGAACCCCAAAACAGAGAGCGGUUGCAGAGCAGGUGGGCCAACAGCCCCUGCACCUCCAGGUCCAGGCUCGGCUGCAGCAGGUGGGGCCCACUAAAGCGAAAAUGGAAAAGCGAGAUCCUGUGGAACCAGGACCGGGGAAGGAAUCCGAGUGGGCUGCAAAAGAUCCCGUGGUGCCACCCCCCAUAACGGUAACUCCCCGAUGGUCACGGAUUAGACUACACCAGGUCAAGAGGGAGCCACAAGAAGGGAUGUCCCAGCGACGGCAGGUGCUGCAGGCCCAACAGACCUCUCCUGAAAUUGUAUCCGCUCCAGACCCUGCCUUGGGAAACCCUCAGCUGCCAGAGCUCGAGCCAGAGGAUGACAUUGAGGUCUAUCUGGCUUCCUUCGAGCGAGUGGCUGAAGCCUGCCACUGGCCCAGAAGAGAGUGGGUGACCCGACUCCUGCCAUCCCUCACUGGAAAAGCCCAACAGGCCAUUAGCAGCCUGGAUGCCCGAGAGGCCCGAGACUACGGGAAGGUGAAGGCAGCCAUCCUGCGAGGCUGCAACAUCAGCACGGAGAUGCAGCGCCUUCACUUCAGGCAGUUCCGCUACCAGGAGGCCAAAGGGCCUCGAGAGGUCUGCAGCCGCCUGCGGGAACUCUCCCAUCGAUGGCUGAAGCCGGAGAUCCGCACCAAGGAGCAGAUCAUGGAGCUGCUGAUCCUGGAGCAGUUCCUGACCAUCCUGCCUGAGGAAAUCCAGAGCUGGGUCUGGGUACGUCAUCCGGAAACCUGCGCCCAGGCUGUGUCCCUGGCAGAGGAUUUCCAGCUGGGACAGCGAGAGGCUGGAGUGUGGGAGCAGCAGGUCACAGUACGUGUGAAGGUCGAGGAAGUGACCCCAGAGGAGGUGGAGACCCCUGAAGCAUUAUGGGAAUCUCAGAGUUCCCAGCUGGAGCCACCACAGCCCCAUACCACGUGGGGAUCCCAGGAGGAGGUAGGACGGAGCAAGUACAAGUUGCCACGUGCCCCUGAAGAGGAGACGGAAGCUCUACAGGAAACUGCAGGUGGCAGGAUCCUGAGCAGAGCAGAGGAGCGGCCCAGUUUGGGAGAGCAAGAAAACUUGGAUCUGUCCCGAACAUCGCAAGGCGUAUCAGGAGAGAGUGUCACCUGCAGACUUGAGCAGGAAGAAGCCUGCAAGAGGCAGAAGAGAAACUCAGCUGGGAAUGAGCGAAUUCAGCCAAGGGUGUUCCCACAGCUCCUUGCACAAGGGACACCUGGGACCGUAAGAGACCUUACAAGCCAGGAGAGCAGCGUUCACAUGAUGGAGAAACCCCACAGAUGUCGAGACUGUGGGGAAAGGUUCUGGGAGAAGCAGGACCUCAUGGUCCAUGGAAGAGUCCAUGAGAAGGACAGACCCUAUCCCUGUCCUGAAUGUGGGAAGAGCUUCAACAGAUUGACCCAUCUCCGAACGCACCAGAGAACCCACACGGGAGUGAAACCUUACUCCUGUGGGGAGUGUGGGAAAAGCUUUGGCCACCUUUCCACACUGACCACGCACCAGAGACUGCACACAGGGGAGAGACCCUACUCCUGUGCUGAGUGCGGGAAAACCUUCACCAACCCCUCGGACCUCAACAAGCACCAGCGCUCCCACACAGGUGAGCGACCCUACCCCUGCGCCGAAUGUGGGAAGCGCUUCAGCCAGCAAUCCAAUCUGACAAUGCACCAAAGAAGCCACACUGAGGACAGACCGUACCCUUGCACCGAGUGCGGGAAGAGCUUCAAGUACCUUGCUGAUCUCACCGUGCAUGAGCGCUCCCACACGGGCGAGAGGCCCUUCCCCUGCCCUGAGUGCGGGAAAAGCUUCAGUAACAAAUCCUCUCUGGCUCGUCACCAGAGAAUCCAUGCUAGAGCUGCAGCCAGAAACAAGUGAGACCUGCUGGCCAAGAGCACCACUCCAGCUGUGUGUGUAUAAUAUCGUGAAGUAGAGGAAUGGAAACAGUUAGUGAAGGAACUUGGAGAAAUCAGCCCCCUUCUCCCAGUACCAAUUCCAUCCCUCCCUCACAGACCCCAUGAGGUGGAUUAAGAACCAUGAGAACAGAGGGUGGCUUCACCUUAUGCUCUGAGGAGUCCCAGCCCCUUAAACCUCUGAGCAGGGACUGCUCCCUUACCUACUCUACUUAGCAACUGAGCAGCCUGUCUCUCAUGUCCACAUGAACAUCAGUUAAUCUGCUCUGGUUUUCCUGUAGCUUCUCUAAGGGCUGGGCUGGGCUGGGCUGGGGCCUAUUACAGGCUCUGUAUUUCUGCUUCUUUUGGGAUGGGUGUUUGCAAUACCUAGGGACUUGCCUAGGCUGUGAGCAGGUCACUCAAGAUAGGGAAGGGAUUUCUCCCAGGGGUUGGGAGGCCCAAGAUCUCUCAGCUUCAUGAGGAAAAAGAACCAAAGAAUUCCUCAAGGGCUGCUGCUUAUGUCAAACUCACGAGGUGACAUCAGACCCAGCACUGCUGGGAACUGUGGAUCCAGAGGGAGGUGUUUGGCCACAUCUGUGUCAACCAGCUUUGCCGCUGUGGCCUGCACAACCACCCUCUUCACACUCCAGACUUUCCAAGCCGUCCAGUGUCCCUCUGUAACUAUGCCCAAAGUCUGCCGCAUCAUCCCAUCUCUGAGAGGAGCUUCCUGCUAUUUCUUGUCCCAAACUAAGGAUUUUUGUUUGCUAUGUAAUUAAUCGUGUGUGUUUAUUCAUUGCCUCAUUAGUUUGCUACUCCUGUCCUGCUCGCUGCCACGUUAACUCUUUAUUUACUGCUCUGUCUCUGCAAUGUGCUUUUUUUUUUUUUUUUGUCCACACUGUGUGACUGUUCAGCUGCCCAUCAGUACAACUGUCGCUUUAGCUGUUUCUUCUGAGAGUUUGAGCAUGUAGCCUUGAUCCUGCAAUGAGCUCUCCACAAGCAAGAUCAGGGCCUUAAUUUUUAUUGACUGACCUACCUCGGCUGCUGCUUUUCUGAAUUGCUGGUAUUUUUUAGUUGAAGCGUGUGAACAGUCAUUGUAAUUAAGUGAAUAGUGUUCAUUAUUGGUUAUUGCUCUACAUACUUAAUUCUUAGUAGUCACGUGACAUGGUCUAACUACAUUAUGUCCCUUAAUUAGCUAUCCUGUGUCAUUUGCCCUUUUGUCAUUUUUGUUUCUUGUUAGCUGCAGUCCUGAUUUCCCAAUCACUAUAAUGAGGGGUUUAUCAGACCUCUGGGGGGGUUCAGUUUGUUGUAAGGGAGAGAGGCAGAAAUUGGGACGACUGGGGAGGGGAGAACUCAGACACUUAUAGGGGAGACUGAGCUGUGCAGUGGGACACUGGGCAACAUGAGGAUCAGGGGUGCAGCCUGAUCUGGAUCCUAUGUGCUGAACUGGGUCACCCUAUUGCAAACAAGAUAUUGCAGAACUAGAGGAGGUUCAGAGAACAAUGAAGGGAAUAAUCAAGGCCUGGAAGAACUCUCCUAUGAAGAGAGAUGGAUAAGAUGAGGGUUGUUUUCCCUUAGCAAGGAGAUGAAUAAGAGUGGGCAAGAUAAUAGCAUAUAAAAUAACAGGAAUAAAGACGAUAGAUCAGGA